AUGCAUCCUGGAAAUACCCCUGUCCAGGUGGCUCAGAGCAAGUCUUCUCGGAAGCUACUCUUCAAAUCAAAGUCUCAUGUUGUUGCUCUUCUUCGUGAUGGGCGUACUUUUGCUGAGUGCACACUCAAACUAUCUAAGCAACACAAGUGCCCAGAUCCAAAAGCUUUCAUUGAGCAAGUCGAGGAGGCAUUCGCUUUCUGGGGUACUCCAGAAGGUAAUCUGGUCCAUCAUGCUGAGUGUAUGCAGCAGUUACCCGAGAAAGUUAGGCGUCAUAGAGUCAAUGUCUGUACUUUCAUGGUAACCACUUUGGUUAUUGAGGUUUACCAUGAGUAG